GACCAUUUCCGGUUUACCUGUCAACAAAAUAUCCACGCUUGUUUUCACCCAGUGAAAAUGCCGAAGACUCAGAAGGGAAAAUCCGCAGAAAAAGUUGUUCAUCCGUACAGUCGGAAAGCUGCAUAUCUCGCCCGCGAAGAAAUCCGACUGAAAAGGAAAGAGAGGCUCAAGAAUGAGAAAGCAACACGUCUGAACAACACUGGUGAGAAGCUGUUGUGGUUUCAGAGUCACUUGGAUCCAACAAAGACAAAUUUCACACGGAAAGAUGCCUGUGACAUUAUUGAAAGGUACCUCCACAGGUUUGAUGCUGAACUUGAGCAAAUUGAAUUAAUGAAUGGAAUCAAGGGCCGCCAGGGUCGUCUCCAUGGCGCCAGAGAGGCUGUCAUCAAACAGACCAUUGAGCGAGAGCGGGCGCAGUAUGAAAGCAUUGGAUUUGAGAUCCCAGACUUCAUCAAUACGAAGAAUCUUAAAACAUUCAGAGAGUGGACGGGAGAUCUGAAGAAACUUCCAAAUAUAAAACUACGAAAAGUGUCAAAUAAAGGUCUGGAUGCAAAGGAUGAAGCAGAGGAGAAAGAGGAGGCAGAAGACUAUCUUGAGGAAGAUGAAGACGAUUUAGAUGAUGAACGGGUGGAUGAGACAGCGGAUAUGUCUGACUCUCCCUGAUGCCCCUCUUUGCUCUGGAGCUAGGACAUCGGACUGGCUUUCAGCAAAGACUUGUGUACUGUGGGGAAAGCUGUGAGGGGAUGCUGCUAUUCCACAAGUGUCCACAAGAUGGUGCUGAACUGUCAGAUUAGAAAGUAAAAUCUUAGACGUCAUACAUUUAUAUUUUACUAGGCAGUAAUUUCACACCAGGGUCUUUACAGGUUCUACAUUAAUUGUUUAUUGCACAAAAAAGUACGUGUUGUAUGUAACCUGCAUUGUGUCAAAUCAUAGCUGAAGAACAGUUUAACAACAAAGAUGUGGAUUUAAGACAUGAAACCGUUCUUUUUGUGGUACUGGCAAAUUAAACCAGUGGAAAGUGAACAAGGACAAACAGUCCCCUGAGUUGAGACAAACACAACUUUAAUGUGAAACGUGACCGGAUGGCAACCAUGAAAGUUCUACUAACAGUACAUUAACAAAUAAUUGAUCUCCACAGCAAAACCACAUAACAGCUGCAAACUGUCAAAACAAAUCUUCAUAAAUAAUUGGCUACUUGAUGUCCUAUUUGAGCAAAUAUUAAAAAGGUACCUCUGACAUGACUUCAAAAAUGACAUUUUUAGAUUUCAGACUGAGAUAAAGAUGUAGUUUAAAUAGU